CUUCAGGGUGGCGGUCAUUUUGGCUCCUCAAGGGUCUUUUCAUCCCGUCAGAGGCUUGGGCGUGCUGGGUCCUGGACGACCUGCUGGAACCGAGAAGGCGCGAGAGUCGUGGUCCGGGGCCGCACAGACGCGGGUGGGAGGCUCGGCAACGCCGCCCAGGUGAUCCCUUCCAGGGCCGGGACAAGGGCCGUGGUGUCCGGGAUCCCCUCCUCGCCUGCUGCUCCCGCCCCGCCCACAGAGUCCGAUGGCGGCGGCAGCGGUGAGGCGCCCGGCUGAAGUUUGUGUGACCUUUGAGGAUGUCGCCGUGUAUUUCUCCAGGACAGAAUGGCGCCUCCUUGAUGAGGCUCAGAGACGCCUGUACCUCGAUGUGAUGCUGGAGAACUUUGCUCUUAUAUCCUCACAGGGUUGCUGUUGUGGAGCAAAGGAUGUGGAGGCACCAUUUGAACAGAGUGUUUCUGUGGGAGGGUCACAGACCAGGACUCCAAAUGAACCUCCAUCUUCCCAGAAGACCCAUCCCUGUGAGAUGUGUGGUUCAGUUUUGAGAGACAUCUUCCACUUGACUGAGAACCAGGAAACACUACACAGCCUGAAACUGUUGAGAUGUGGGGCAUGUGCAAAACAAUUUGAUUUCAGUGCAAACUGUCAGCAGUACCAGGAGCAUCACACGGGAGAGAAACUCUUUUUAAGUGAUGUGAACAGAGCCUCAUUUGCAAAGAGCUGCAAUUUUCCUAUGUCACAGAAGCCUGUUACCUGUGAGGAAGUUGGGAAAGACUGCUUGACCACCUCAGGACAUCUCCAGCAACAGGCAACUCACACCAGGGAGAAGCCAAACAAAAUCUCCAAAAAUAAGGUGUCUUUUCAACGCAUGAAAAGUAAUUGUACUUGGGAAGAACGCAAGAAAGCCUUUAAUCCCAAAAACACACUUGCUCAGGAUCCAGGUGUGCACACUAAAAGGCACUGUUUUACGUGCCAUGAGUGUGGGAAAACAUUCAGGUACAAAUCUUCAUUUGUUAUUCACCAGAGAGUCCAUACUGAUGACAGAAUCCGUGUCUGUGAUGACUGUGGAAAAUCAUUUAGGGGAAGCUUAACCUUCAAUCAACACCGACGAAUUCAUUCUGGGGCAAGGCAGCACAAGUGUGGCAAAUGUGGGAAAUCCUUUAACCAAAAAUUUGUCCUUAUUUAUCCUCAGAGAAGUCACACUGGAGAAAGUUGUUAUGUGUGUUGUGAGUGUGCGCCAUCUUUCAGGCAUAGCUCUGUUCAUAUUCAACAACAGACAGUUUAUACUGGAGAAAUGAGUUUUGAGUGUACUGAAUGUGGGAAAUUCUUUAAACGAAAAUCUGACCUCAUUGAACAUGGGAGAGUUCAUACAGGAGAAAGGCCUUAUGAGUGCAGUGAAUGUGGGAAAUCUUUUACUUCUAGCUCCGCUCUCCGUUAUCAUGAGAGAGUUCAUACUGGAGAAAAGCCCUAUAAAUGUAGUGAAUGUGGGAAAUCCUUUACCUCUAGCUCUGGCCUCCGUUAUCAUCAGAGAGUUCAUACAGGAGAAAGGCCAUAUGAGUGUAGUGAUUGUGGAAAAUCUUUCACUCAAAUAAAUCACCUCAUUAUACACCGAAGAGUUCACACAGGAGAAAGACCUUAUGAGUGCAGUGAAUGUGGGAAAUCCUUUAGCCACAAAUCUUACCUCUCCCAACACCAGAGAGUUCACACUGGAGAAAGGCCUUUUGAAUGCAGCGAAUGUGGGAAAUCUUUUACCUCUGGCUCUGCCCUGUGUUAUCAUCAGAGAGUUCACUCUGGAGAAAAACCCUAUGAAUGCACCGAAUGUGGGAAAUCUUUUACCAAUGGACCGAUACUCAUUCGACACCGUAGAGUUCACACAGGAGAAAGGCCUUAUGAGUGCAGUGAAUGUGGGAAAUCAUUUACCCAAAGAAAUCACCUCAAUAUACAUCAGAGAGUCCACACAGGGGAGAGGCCUUAUGAAUGUCGUGAAUGUGGAAAAUGUUUUACUUCUGGCUCUGCCCUUCGUUAUCAUCAGAAAGUUCACAUUGGAGAAAGGCCUUAUGAGUGCAGUGAAUGUGAGAAAUCUUUUACCUCCAGUUCUGCCCUCCGUUGUCAUCAGAGAGUUCACACAGGAGAAAGGCCUUUUGACUGCAAUGAAUGUGGGAAAUCUUUCAGGGAUAGUUCCCAGUUGAAUCAACAUCAGAGAGUUCACACUGGAGAAAAACCUUAUGAAUGUGCUGAUUGUGGGAGGUCCUUUAGCCAGAAUUCUUAUCUCUCUAAACACAGGAGAGUUCAUACUGGAGAAAGGCCUUAUGAGUGUAAUGAAUGUGGAAAAUCUUUUACUUCUGUCUCUGCCCUUGGUUAUCAUCAGAGAGUACACACAGGAGAAAGGCCUUACAAGUGCAAUGAAUGUGAUAAAUCCUUUACAAAUAGCUCAAUCCUUAUUAGACACCGAAGAGUUCACACAGGAGAAAGGCCCCAUGAGUGCAGUGAAUGUGGGAAGUCCUUUACCCAAAGAAUUCACCUCAUUAUUCACCAGAGAGUUCACACAGGAGAAAGGCCAUAUGAAUGCAGUGAAUGUGGGAAAUCUUUUACUUCUCGUUCCACACUCCAUUAUCAUCAGAGAGUUCACACAGGAGAAAGGCCUUAUGAUUGCAGUGAAUGUGGCAAAUCUUUUAGCAGAAAAUCUAACCUUUCUCAGCACAUGAGAGUUCACAAUGGAGGAAGGCCUUAGAUGUAUAUAAAAUGUACAGGGUUUUUGUUUGUUUUUUGUUUUUUCAGUGUUAACAACACGGGAGGAAACUCUGAGGCCCUGUUUGUCUGAAUGUAAUCUCAUGAAUCCAAACAUCAACUGUAGGGAGAUUCCCCAUAAGUUCUUGUUAUGUGGGAACCAUGUAUAUCUGUGUUGCACUUUUGAAUUUACACCGAUCACAUGCAGAUUUAUGUCACUCAGAAUUUCUCUGGUUGAAGCUAUUUUACCUGUACCACCUUGCAGAUCCCCACAGUUUUCAUCAGCCACUGUCCUAAUGUCCUAAGGGAAGCUAACUGGUCUCUGAUUUGUUGGAGGAAAUUAGGAGUAGCCUCAGCCCUUUGGAGAUCCGCAUUUCCUUCACUUUGACUAGUUGAAGCAUGGACCUGACCCAUUGCUGACCACAGAAAACUUCAUCUGAGUUCAUCUGGCAGCUUGGGAAGGACUGUUUUCCUCAGGGACCUGUGAUGAAUAUUUUCAGUGUUGGAAGUCACCAAUGCAAGAACUGCCAGGUCCAUGUCCCUUUGGUUUGUAAAAUAAUGUAUGUUUUAUUGUUUAAGUGCCCUUUAAUCUUGGGUGUUGUAUUUACUGUCUGGGGUUUAUGAGCAGAUUUGGGCUCUACAGGCAUGAAAAAGUGAACAACCUUUAUGGGGGUCUCAAAAUUUCUCUGCCUCAUAGUGGAU